GGCGGAGCUGCCCUUCAUGGCGGGGAACAACGCCGCCAUGCUGGUCAACUGGAACGCUGUGGAUGGAAACAAGAAGCUGUUCGCGAUCUAUGACACCAGCGUCAAUGAGCCGGGCAACAUGUCUUUCGUGAAGGAGACGGUGGACAAACUCCUCAAGGGAUACGACAUCCGACUGAGACCGGACUUCGGAGGCGCGCCGGUCGCCGUGGGGAUGAGCAUCGACGUGGCCAGCAUCGACAUGGUGUCAGAAGUCAACAUGGACUACACGCUGACCAUGUACUUCCAGCAGUACUGGCGGGACAAGCGGCUGGCCUACGUGGGCAUCCCCCUCAACCUGACCCUGGACAACCGGGUGGCCGACCAGCUGUGGGUGCCCGACACCUACUUCCUCAACGACAAGAAGUCCUUCGUGCACGGCGUGACGGUGAAAAACCGCAUGAUCCGCCUGCACCCGGACGGGACCGUGCUCUACGGCCUCAGGAUAACCACGACGGCGGCGUGCAUGAUGGACCUCCGGCGGUAUCCGCUGGAUGAGCAGAACUGCACCCUGGAGAUCGAGAGCUAUGGCUACACCACGGACGACAUCGAGUUCUACUGGAAGGGCGGCGAGGCGGCCGUGACGGGCGUGACGCGCAUCGAGCUGCCGCAGUUCUCCAUCGUCGACUACAAGCUGGUGUCCCGGAACGUGGUGUUCUCCACAGGUGCCUACCCUCGGCUGUCCCUGAGCUUCAGGCUGAAGAGGAACAUCGGCUACUUCAUCCUGCAGACCUACAUGCCGUCCAUCCUGAUCACCAUCCUGUCCUGGGUUUCCUUCUGGAUCAACUACGACGCGUCGGCGGCCCGAGUGGCUCUGGGGAUCACCACCGUGCUGACCAUGACCACCAUCAACACCCACCUGAGGGAAACGCUGCCCAAGAUCCCCUACGUCAAGGCCAUCGACAUGUACCUGAUGGGCUGCUUCGUCAUGGUCUUCCUGGCGCUGCUGGAAUACGCCUUCGUCAACUACAUCUUCUUUGGGAGGGGCCCGCAGAUGCAGAAGAAGCUGGCCGAGAAGGCGGAGAAGGCCAACAAUGAGCGGGCGGCCAAGUACGACGCCGCCAGGGAGGCAGGUAGUAGGACCGCAUCCCUAAAGCGGUCCAAUCAGGUUAGAGGGCUUCGCCACUCGCGCUCGGCGGAGCCGCACGGCCACGGCAACAUUCUGCUGACCACGCUGGAGAUCCACAACGAGGUGGCGGGCGGCGAGAUCACAACCAGCGUGGCGGACAUUAGGAACUCUCAGUCCAUGGUGCAGCUGGACAGCGCCGCCUCGUCGCACAUCCAGUACCGCAAGCAGAGCGGCGGAGUGGGGCCGCGCUCAGCCAGCCGCCACUCGCUGGACCGCGCCGCGCAACUCAAGCGCAGCCGCCUGCGCCGGCGCUCGUCGCAGCUCAAGAUCAAGAUCCCCGACCUGACGGACGUCAACGCCAUCGACCGCUGGUCGCGGAUCAUCUUCCCCUCCGUCUUCUCGCUCUUCAACCUCGUCUACUGGCUCUACUACGUCUGAUCCCGCUGAGCUGUUCUCCUUGUUUUCUGUUUUGACUUU